AUGUGGUUUGCGCCAGCUCUUCGCCUCAGGAGCCGACGUCCCGGCGCCACUGUUGCCCCGCCCUCGCCGACCCCUCCCCCUCCCGUCGGAGCCCGUGCUUUGCGGCUCCUCAGAGGACUGGAAGACGCCAGAACACGUCCUGUCCUCAAGGCUGCGGGUUCACUCAGCCGAGUCGGUGCAGCCGAACGAAUAGUCAAGAGCCUUGGUUACAGCCGAGUUGUCCUACAGAUUGGUAGAGGAACCGUGGUACCUGAACCAUUCAGUACUGAAUCAUUUACUCUGGAUGUUUACAGGUACAAGAAUUCGUUAAAAGAAGACCUUCAACAAGCAGAUCUUGUUAUUAGUCACGCAGGUGCAGGAAGCUGUUUGGAGACUCUAGAAAAAGGAAAGCCACUUGUGGUGGUUAUAAAUGAAAAAUUGAUGAACAAUCAUCAGUUGGAAUUGGCAAAGCAGCUACACAAGGAGGGGCAUCUCUUCUACUGUACCUGCAGCAUGCUUCCUGGGCUGUUACAGUCAAUGGACUUAUCAACACUGAAAUGUUUUCCUCCUGGCCAGCCAGAAAAUUUUUCUGCAUUUUUGGAUAAAGUUGUUGGAUUACAAAAAUAAACACUAAACUCUCAACAUUUUUAAAACACCCCCAAAUCCAACCUAUGGGAUGUGAUUAAAUCAAAUUAAGUAUAUAAUAUACAUUUGCAAAAUAAUAUAAAUUAAUAAACUCCUCCAUCUAUAGAAUGUACAGAAAAUUUUAUGGUGUGACUAUUUGCAUUUGGGUCCAAAUCCUAACUUGCAGUUUAGUAAACUUGCUAGAUUUCAUUUAGCUUCAUAUUUCAGUAAAC